CGGAGCCAGCGUUCUAGAGGCAUCGUUGACUGCAGUGCAGCGUAGUGUCUGGAUGUUAGAGGGAAGCUGGAGAAAAGAGGACAUGACAAGAAAUGAACUACUUUCAAAACUGGAGUCACCUGUUUUAAAAAUCUGUGGCUUAUUUUAAUAUGCAUGAAAGCCUCUGGAAAGUCUUUGAACGUGUGAAGACUGAAGUGGAGCAGAUUCCUUGGUGAGGAUCUUUUCAAAAGUCCUUUGGUAUAUACCAGCUGCAGACUGAGUCAGAGGAGUCAUCAUAAACUCAGACCAGAUGGAAAACCAGCAGCUUCCUUUUCCUGUCUCUUGGAAUGCUCAGUCCAAUAUGCUGGGAGAAACCAAGCAGACACAUAGGAGAUCCCUUAUAGUUGUUAUAGCUGACAGCUCCAGUGACCUAGCCAACUGCCAGCAUCAACUGCUAGACAUAUGAAAAAUUGAGGAACCAAGAAGUGAUUUCUACCACCUCUUAAUAUUGGACAUUUUAGUGGCUAACAAUGCUGUGAUAUUAUAAACAACGUUGCCACGAAGGUCAUUGUUCAUGUUCUUAAAGAAUGUCUUUAUGAUAAAUUCCAAAAAGCAGAACUGCUGGGUCUAAAGGGGUCUACGUUUCUAAAAGUUUUUUGUAACAGACUCUCAGAUAUUUCCUUCAGGGGGACUACAUUGUUUACACUUCAUUCAACAACAGAAAGCAACCAGUGAGAUGAAUACUGCUGAGGAUUGGGGCCUCAUUUUGGAUAUUUGUGAUAAAGUCGGUCAAUCUCGAACUGGACCCAAAGAUUGUCUUCGGUCUGUUAUGAGAAGGGUGAACCAUAAAGAUCCUCAUGUUGCUAUGCAAGCUCUGACUCUUCUAGGAGCAUGUGUAUCAAACUGUGGCAAAAUUUUUCAUUUAGAAGUAUGUUCAAGAGAUUUUGCUAGUGAAGUAAGCAACGUACUAAACAAGGGUCAUCCUAAAGUCUGUGAAAAAUUAAAGGCUCUUAUGGUUGAAUGGACAGAUGAAUUUAAGAAUGAUCCACAGCUUAGUCUAAUAUCAGCAAUGAUUAAGAACCUUAAGGAACAAGGAGUUACGUUUCCAGCUAUUGGCUCUCAGGCUGCAGAACAAGCAAAAGCAAGCCCAGCCUUGGUUGCUAAAGAUCCUGGUACUGUGGCUAACAAAAAAGAAGAAGAAGAUUUAGCAAAAGCUAUUGAGUUGUCUUUGAAGGAACAAAGGCAGCAGUCAACCACCCUUUCUACUUUAUACCCAAGCACAUCCAAUCUCUUAACUAACCACCAACAUGAAGGCCGAAAAGUUCGUGCCAUAUAUGACUUUGAAGCUGCUGAAGAUAAUGAACUUACUUUUAAAGCUGGAGAAAUAAUUACAGUUCUUGAUGACAGUGAUCCCAACUGGUGGAAGGGUGAAACCCAUCAAGGCAUGGGGCUAUUUCCCUCUAAUUUUGUGACUGCUGAUCUUACUGCUGAACCAGAAAUGAUUAAAACGGAGAAGAAGACGGUACAAUUUAGUGAUGAUGUUCAAGUGGAAACAAUAGAGCCAGAACCAGAGCAAGCCUUUAUUGAUGAAGACAAAAUGGACCAAUUGCUACAGAUGUUGCAAAGUACAGAUCCCAGUGAUGAUCAACCAGAUCUUCCAGAGUUACUUCAUCUUGAAGCAAUUUGUCACCAGAUGGGACCUCUCAUUGAUGAAAAGUUGGAAGAUAUUGAUAGAAAACAUUCAGAACUCUCAGAACUUAAUGUUAAAGUGAUGGAAGCACUUUCACUGUAUACGAAGUUAAUGAAUGAAGAUCCAAUGUAUUCCAUGUAUGCGAAAUUACAGAAUCAGCAGUAUUACAUGCAGUCAUCUGGUGUUUCUGGUUCUCAGGUAUAUCCAGGGCCUCCCCAAAGUGGUACUUACCUGGUUGCAGGGAGUGCACAGAUGAGCCAUCUCCAGAGCUACAGUCUUCCCCCAGAGCAACUGUCUUCUCUCAGCCAAGGAGCAGUUCCACCAUCUGUAAACCCAGCCCUUCCCAGUCAGCAGACUCAGGCGUCCUACCCUAACACAAUGGUCAGUUCUGUUCAAGGAAACACAUAUCCCAACCAGGCUUCAGUAUAUAGUCCUCCUCCUGCUGCUGCUGCUGCUACUGCUGACGUCACUAUAUACCAGAAUGCAGGAACUAAUAUGUCCCAGGUGCCAAACUAUAAUUUAACAUCAUCAACACUGCCUCAGCCAGGAGGCAGUCAACAGCCACCUCAGCCACAGCAACCAUAUUCUCAGAAGGCUCUGCUAUAGGACUUGGGAUUCCUCUUUGUGGCAAAUAUCUGCUAAAUGCCGCUGACAAUGUUGUGAGAGUCUUUAAUAUCAUAAGGUUUGUUUAUCCUCAGCUUCUAGGAAUCUAUCUUGGUCUACAGGUUCAAAUACUCGAGAAGGCAGAACUCUCUUCAAUUUGCACUGACUUUUUAGAGGUUCUCCCUUCCCCCCCUCCCCUAGAGGAAUGAAACUACUUACAACAUUUAAUUCCUUUCAUAAUAUGAAAGAAUUGAUACAAGAUUAUUUGUCUCAUGAAAUUACCUGGUCUGUAAAAAGUCAAAACUUACAAAAACUGUUUGUGGCAAAUGUUAUGUACAUAUAUUGCUGUGUAACUUCAUUAGUGGCCAUUUUGAAUCACAGUGGUGAUCAUGUGAAUAUAUUUAACACUUAAAUUAAUUUACAUUGCUAUUUUAUUUUAAUCAUGAACAACUACCAUGUUUCAUAAUGUUUUGUGUAAAUUUAAGAUAAUUACACUAUCCCUUUAAACUGCAAGAGAACAAAGCUGUAGCAUAUUUACGUGAAGGCAUUAUGUUGUCCAUGUUUCAGUUUCACAUUAAACUGAACCUUCCUUUGACUAA